GCGGCCGCCGCCGCAUCCGGGCCCCGCGCCCCCUGCCGCUCGCGCUCGGCCAUGGCGGAGGCCUCUGUUGGCCGGCAGAGCCCCAGGGUGGUUCCAUACCCAGCCCGUGGCCUAUGUCCUGGAGAUCCCGCCCUUCAGAGCGCUGCAGUUGUGUCAAUGGGCUCAGCUGAUCAUCGACUGAACCUGGCAGAGAUCCUUUCCCAGAACUACGGUGUGAGGGAAGAAAGGGAGGAAGAUGAUACUCAGGAGAAGCAGAAAUCUUUAGAAGAGCUGGAGAAGAGUUUCAGUGCCUCUCAGAGCAGUGAAAUGCCAUUUGAGGAGCUGCUCGCACUGUAUGGCUAUGAGGUGUCAGAUCCCAUCUCGGAGCAGGACAGCGAGAGCAAUGACAUCACUCCCAACCUCCCUGACAUGACUCUGGAUAAGGAACAAAUAGCGAAGGAUUUGCUUUCAGGGGAAGAAGAGGAGGAGACACAAUCUUCAGCUGAUGAUCUGACUCCAUCCGUCACGUCCCACGAUGCAUCGGACUUAUUCCCAAACCAGCCUGGCUCAAACAACUUCCUUGCUGAUGAAGACAAAGAGCCAUGUUCAUCACCAUGUGCUUCCUCCAUGGCUGAGGACUCGGAGGUGGAUUCCAUCCCAUCCAAUGAGUGUAAGAAGGAGAUCAUGGUUGGACCUCAGUACCAGGCCACUGUUCCCAUCCUCCGUUUAAACAGGCACAGGCAAAAAGUGCUUUUUCUGUUAGCCUAUGAGAAUGAAGAUCAGCUGCUUUGGGACCCAAACAUCCUCCCCGAGAGGGAGGUGGAAGAGUUCCUGUACCGCGCUGUGAAGCGGCAGUGGGACGAGCUGUCCAGCACCAGCCUGCCAGAGGGAGAGGUGGUCAAGGACAACGAGCAGGCUUUGUAUGAGCUGGUGAAAUGCAACUUCAAUGCAGAAGAGGCGCUGCGAAGGUUACGGUUCAACGUGAAGGUUAUCAGAGGUGAGGACCCCCCUCAUUUGGGCUCAUCAAGGCACAUGCAACUCUUUCUAGAUUCUGCACAUCUCCCUCAACUCUUUCUUUCUGCUACAGAUGAGCUUUGUGCCUGGAGUGAGGAAGAAUGUAGAAAUUUUGAACAUGGCUUUAGGGUCCAUGGGAAAAACUUUCACCUUAUCCAAGCAAACAAGGUCCGCACGCGGUCGGUGGGCGAGUGCGUGGAGUAUUACUACAUGUGGAAAAAAUCCGAGCGUUACGACUACUUCACUCAGCAGACUCGUCUCGGAAGGAAGAAGUACGUCCUCCACCCUGGAGCCACGGAUUUCACUGACAAUGACCUGGAUGGGGUUGAAGUGGAAAACACGAGUCGUUCUCGGAGCUCCCCACCAAUUCCCUCUGCAGCUGGCUGCCUGGAUGCUCACUUUGGUCAAGAUCAGAUAGCAAUUGAGAGCACAGAGCCCCUGAGCGUGGAGAGCACGGCCUGCAGCCUGGGCAGCAUCAGCGAGUCGGGGCAGGGCUACGAGUGCAGCACCCCCUCGGAGACAAACUGCUCCUUUGACCCCUCGGAGGAGACAUCCUCGGGCGCUGUCCCUGUGCCCUGCCCACGCCACACUGCCACCCCCUCUGAGCCCGAGCUCUUUGCUUUGCCACCCGCGGCACCAGGACUGGCAGAGAAGCAGGAGACCUUGCAGAACUCUGGUGAGGCAAUAACCAUGGACUUCACUCUCCCUGCAGACAUUAACGAGGGGUUGCCUUUAGUUGCUGGCCCUGUGGAUUUGGACAGAGACCCUGAGGCAGUGGUGGCCCCUGCGCAAGUGUCCUUAUCGGUCACAGAUUUCGGUCUCAUUGGCAUCGGAGAUGUAAAUACUUUCCUGACUGCUCAUCAGGCUUGCCCAGCACCUGUGGCUCGGUCAGAGCCUCUGUCACAGUGAGUCACAAAUUUGGCACAGACCCAGCAAGGACUUUGACCUGACUGAGUGAAAUUCUGGAACUUCCACUGUCCUGUAGGGACAGCUUGGAGCUGUUGGUCGGAAUCUGUCUUUCCAUCCUCCUCGAUCCAAGGCUGCAGUGAAACCAAACACCUUUCUGCUCCAGCGUAUCCUGACACAAUUGUGCAAAGUGGUGGCUGGCUUUCCUGAGUGGGGAGGUCCAUCACCCCCCUCCUGCGCUGGCCGUGUGUCACCCUGGGUGAUGCCAGCCUGCUCGGAGAGUCCCUGAGCAGAGGUGCUGUGAGAAGAGGGAUGUGUCACCAUCAUGGUGAGGGUGCAGGCUGGGGGUCUGAGAGCCUGGGAGGGCUGCAGGGCAGUUUCCUGACCUCCUCCCAGCAGCCGUGGCUGGUGACAGGCCGGCACAAGCUGCUUCCCCCUCCAGCAGCCACGUGUCCUGGCACCACCAGCUGCAGGUGGGAGCAGGCCUGGCCCAGCCCUCGGGCAGAAGUGUCAGGUUUUGGAAAGGGAUGCUGUGUGUGCAGCAGCAUCCUGUGCACUCGAGUUCUUCUCACCUUCCCGUGCACUGCUGGGCCAGGGAGAACUUCUGUGGGGACUAACAGGAGUUUCUAGACUCAGAGUGGUGCUGGCCAGGAGCUGUGCUGCUGCUGCUGGCUGGGGAUGACCUGAUCUUCUCUGAGCUGAAGUGCCAGAGGGUAGAAUGCAGGUGAAGAGAUCUGUAACUUCCCAGUUUGUUCCAACAAUUUGUCAGCAGAGGGAGGAGGUUGCUUAGCUCCCAGAUGCCUGGGAUAUGGGUGCUAGCACGGUCCCAGGCAGGGGAGCACAGCAUCCCUGGGCAUCCCUGCCCCUCCCUGUGUCACAGGACAGGCUGUUCUGAGAGGAAAGUGUGACUUUUCUGCCAUGUUCAGGGAGGUGCCAGGUGCUGUGCAGAGCCACGGGAGCCUGUCCUUAGGUGUGCUGGAGUCCAAAGCUGCUUCACUCCCCAGGUGUGUUCCAGGGCUGGGAUUGGCCACUGGCUCAGUGUGUUCUCAUUCUCCUUUUCCCGUGCAGGAAAUGCUCUCCACUCACCUGCUGGGCAAGGCUCUGGUGCAGACAGAGCUGUGGUUCCUCCAGAUGUGUUCCACAGCUGGGAAGGGGCUUGGGUUGAGGGUUUUGGUGGAGACUUUGGGGCUGUGGCUGUGCACUUGGCUCUGCUGGCAGUGGACUUGGCAGGUACCUAAACCCAGGAGGCUGCAUCCUCCUUUUACCUGGCCCUGGGAAGUUGUGCCCAGCCUGCAGCAGGAGCAGGGAAACAGCAUCCAUGGGAUGUCAGGAUUAGACCUUGUCUCACUCCUAAGCCCCAGAUCUGGUUUGUGUGCUUUAGCAGGGGUUUGCUUCAGUGCCCAGCUCUGUGCUGGGAGGUGCUGAGCCCCAGGCACGUGGAGCUGCCUUCACCUGGCUUGGCUUUGUCAGCCAGAUGUGGUGACAGAGGCGUCCCCUGCAGCUGCUCCUGGGAGCAGGAAGCAAACACAGUGCCUGCUCCAUAGUGGAACUGCCCAGGCUGUGGUGCCCCUUUUCUGGGGGUGAGAGGAAGCUCCGUGGCUGAAGGGAGAAGAGGAGGCAGGGUGAGAGCACAGGCAGCCCUCCCAGGGAGGGCCAGGCCUUGGCAUCUCCUCCAUUACUUUUCCUGAAACCAUUUUUUUCUUUUGGUUUAUUUCAAGCCCUAGUGAAAGGAGGGGAGCUGGCUGAGGCAGAAAUCUCUUUAUGUCCUUCAGUGUUGUUUACAGAUUGCAUGGGGUCUUUCAACAUGAGUGCAGCGCUUUUUCCACAUAACUUUGAGGGAGAGGGGUGAAAAAGGCUGGGACAGGGAGGGGGAGGAUGUUUGGUUCUGUUUUUUUUUUUUUUUGGUUUUGUUUUUUUUUUUGGGGUUUUCUUUUUUCCUUCUUACAAAGCACAUUCACUUUGAGCUGCUCCCAAUGCUGGACUCUUUUCUCCCUUACCCCCCAGCCCUACACUGUGAAGUGACACUGCCUUGAAGGCCCCUCGCCGUUAUUUAUUUAAUUAAAAACCUAAUUUGAAAGUGA